UUUCUGUCAAUUCUGCAAGAAUUAUUGUUAGUGCAAUAUGCUUUCUUACAAGAAGAUAACUAUUAUAUCAGCAUGUUGCUUUGUUGUGACGAUCAUUUUUGGGUUCGUUGCUUACGAACCAAUUUUCGAAUAUGCAAUUAGAGACCAAAUUUCUCUGCAUCGGAGGAACUUUGUGAGACAGUUUUACCUAAAAUACCCAAUACCUUUGGACUUCCGUGUCAAUUUUUUCAACGUUUCAAACCCUGACGAAGUAGAAAACGGUGGAGUCCCUGUUUUGAGUGAAGUCGGACCUUACUGCUAUGAUCUUUACAAGGAGAGAAUAGACGUGGAGGACAACGAGGCCGAGGACAGCCUCACCUACACCCCUUACGACAUUUACUUAUUUAAUCAGGAGAGAUCGGGAAACUUAAGUCAGGACGAUUACGUUACAAUUAUUCACCCCCUUGUCGUGAGCCUUGUCAAUUACGUAUCAGUGAAGACGCCUCACUAUUUACAGUUUCUAAACGACGCACUUGGAUUUCUGUUCCCUGAAAAAUCCAUCUUUCUUACCGCCAAAGUCAGAGAUAUUCUAUUUGACGGAAUGUUAAUAAACUGCACGUCUCGGGAUUUCACAGCGAUGGCAGUUUGUACACAAAUACGAACAAAAAUUCCCGGAAUACAGUUUGAAAGUAAAGAUUAUUUGAAAUAUGCGCUCCUUGGACAACAAAAUGGGACCUUACCUACACGUAUAACGGUUUUGAGAGGCAUAAAAGAGUCAGAGAAUUUGGGCAAAUUGGUGGCUGUUGAUAACGUGACAAAAAGUGAUUUCUGGUCCAAUGAGGAAUGUAAUGAGUAUAAGGGCACCGAUGGUUGGAUCUUCCCCCCGUUUUCUGGGAGGUUGAAGACGAUCUGGAUGCACGCAACAACACUGUGCCAAAAUAUCCAUGCCGAUUUCGUUGGUCCUGCUACAAGUAACGGUUUUGCAGUAAAUAAAUACUACUCUGACUUUCAAAAUAUUUGUACGAAUUGCUCGCUUCAAGAGCCUUGCCUUCCGGAAGGAUUAAUCGACGUCACGAAAUGUCUAACAGCUCCUAUUUACAUCAGUUUACCCCACUUUUUGCGAAGCGAUGAAAGUCUGAUUCGCGGGGUCAAAGGCUUGAAUCCUGAUACUGAAAGUCACAUCACGAGAAUUCUCCUCGAGGGGACACUGUCGCUUCCGAUGGAGGCCCAGAUUCGUCUCCAGUUCAAUUUUCCUGUCCAACCAGUCAAGAAAAUAACUAUUAUGCAAAACGUGUCUGAAGUAAUUCAUCCGGUUUUAUGGGUUGAAAUGGGAGUGGUUCUGAACGGAUGGUUUCUCCGAAUGAUUAAAACUUUCUUUUACUUCCUCACAGCUUUAGAAGUUAUGAAAUACAUCUCGCUGGUCGCAAGUCUCCUUGGAACGGCAUACGGAGGCUACCACUUGUACAAAAACAAGAAACUUUACUCGUUCAAGGAAAAUAUUGUACUUAGCUCAAAAUAAUUUAUUUCAUUAAAUCAAAUGAUGGUACA